AUGAUCAAUUUAAAGGACAAAGCAGAGCAACUGAUAAACGACUGGCUGGACCUGGACUUCUGGCCGGCCACUAGGGCCAAAGCACUGGAGAUGCUCGCUAAUGAGUCGUAUGCCCAAAUACAAAAAGACUUCGAUCCACGAAACAGGCUUGAGAUACAAUCUCAUGGCCUUCAGGGGGAUUAUGGGCCCGGCUUCAAUAAGCUUAACGAGCUUGUGAUUGCUCAGACGGCGCAGUCAAUCUAUUACUAUUGUCUAAGAGUUAUUGGAGAAACAGAACUCAAAAUACACGGUAUUGGAAUAGGUUAUGAUUGGUCUCCACAUGCCAAGGACUUUGCCAAGGUAAGCGCUGCGGUGUUCUUACUGUACGGGGUGCGGGUCUAUAUGGUCAGCGAGCCGGUAUCCGCGUCAUAUGCUGAACACCUGAACAAGCAUUACAUGUGUGGGUGCGGAUUUAUGGCCACGGAAACACACAUCUCGCGCACAGAGUGCCGGUAUAUUAUCUACGGAAUUGGCUAUGGCUCUGCUCUUUCUGCGCCGCACAGCACAAAUGUGAGCGAAAUGAUUUCAGCAAGCAAUAGCCACAUUUUUGUCCCUCAUCCGGGGCUCAAGUCACUUGACAAAGUUCUGGAAAAGGGGAUCGAAACACGCCUUCUUGUAAUGGUUGACCAGGAGCAUGAGGUGUCAAAGGUCUAUCAUAAAAAGCUCAGGCUUCUGAAAUAUUUCGAUCGAGAAUAUCGCGAAAAGACUAAGCGGAGCUUCCGGAUAGGGUGUUUCCUAAUAGGAUUGUACGAUAUCUGCAAGGUGACCAAUAUUCUUCAGAAUCUAUUUCAGUUUUCGACGGAUGCAAUACAGUCUCGUUUCGUCUUUCUUGAGAGUGUUCAAUCUAAUGCUGUGCCCCCAGAACAGUGCAUUGCUACCGCUUGCAAACAAGCUAAUAUAAUCAAUUCCCGUGCAGAAGCCGACCGGGUACCUCCAAUUAAGAUUAUCAUAUCUAUAGAUAUUAACGCAGAGGCGAUUUGUUUAGCAGAACUGAUUGAUUCCCCUUCAUCCUCUGCACAUUGCCAACCACAGUGGCACAUCUAUCGCAAGGAAGAUAUCAACACCUUUGCCAUGAAUUGGUGUGUAGAAAACCUCAAUGGAAAUCCCACGGUUCUGGCACGUCUGAAGAAGCACAGACUUACCUAUGGAUGCAGCACAUAUCCACCUAGUCACUCUAUACAGACUGACAGUCCGAAACUCAUAGCAGCUCAAUGCAGUGGUGCAGCUUGCAAGAGUGACUCUAGCAAUAGCAGACACCCAUGGGGCCUUUCCAGAGAAGAAGAGGAGGAGACUGAAUGCGGCGCGGUGUGUGGGCGGUACCAAGGAUUCCAGAACACAGCUGAGGAAAUUAUCACAGCAAGAGACGGAGCAAUAACAUUCGGCGUUCUCGCAGAGCUACUAAUAGAUCUGUAUGAAUUUUCUGGAACUGGAAUUAACAUUAGGAGGCCAGCUAACGAGCAACGCAGCUCCAAUACGUUUGGUGGAUAUCUUAGCAGCUUUACCCAGGGUAUCACGCCACAAGCAUGCCAAGUUGAAAGCGUUUAG